GCUGCUUUCUCGGCUAAUUUAUUGCAAACAAAAUUAAAACAUUCACUGGGGAAUCUGAACUUAUUUUCUCUCACUAAUCACUAAUGUUGUUUAAUGCAGCAACAAAUCGAUUCUCUAUAGCAAAGGAAGUAGCAAAUGACUGAUGGAGACAAGACGAGGCAGAGGGAAACCCGCCACUGCACUGGAUUCCUAGCCCAUAUUCCCCCUUCCCUGCAGCUGCUGCGGAGGAGCGUGGACGCGGUGCCGGGAGCCGUGGGGCUUCGCCCGCUCUUCACCAGGUCAAGGAUUCCUGACUCGGUAUUUCAGCCACGACCUGAAGAUCAUGAAAAGUAUGGAGGUGACCCGGAGCAGCCACAUAAAAUCCACCUUGUUACUAGAAUAAAAAGUGUAAUUGGUCGCCCAUAUUGGGAAAAGAAGAUAAUACGUGAUCUUGGACUAGAUAAGGCACAUCAGCCAAGACUGCACAAAAAUAUCCCGUCUGUGAAUUCCAAACUAAAGAUUGUUAAACAUCUGAUAAGAGUGCGGCCCCUGAAGCUUCCCCACGGGUUGCCAACUGAAGAGGAGAUGUCAGACACCCUUCUCACGAGCAAGGGAGAGCUUGUAAUUAAGCGGCGCCUUAAACCUGCUGAACAGAAAGCAGUUGAGCCAUGAGGUGUGCUGGCUGCACUCACAUUUUAUAAAAKAAAUAGUUUAGCUCAUAAAUUAGAACUCUUGAAUUGUACAUAUGUUAACUUUGUUAUUAACCUGACUGCUACAAAUGGCAAAAGUGACCCUGAUGUUUAAAAGGCAUGUAAAAAAAUUACUUGUGAACAAGUGUUAAAUUUAAGUCUUGUURAUCGGUCUUUGUUCAGGCUUUCUUUCUUGGUUAGUGCAUUUCACAGUUAACAGUAAAGGUUUAAAAUGAAGGUGCAUGAUUUCACCUUUUCUGCCCUGAGAAAGGAUUGGGGAUCAUUGCUGGAGACAGCCAYGGAGCCAACAGUCUGUCAGCUGGCCUUCUUUGUAGCCCAGGAGGCUCCGUCUGAACUCUCUUUGGGAGCAGCAGGAGUGGCUCAAGUCUUGGUAGUUUAUAUAACUUGUCUUUUGGGAAACGUGUUCUGUUCCUGCAUACAUAUUUGUUUCCUAAUAAUAACCUAAGAGCCAUAGUUUGUGUGGAAAUGAGUGCUUUUCCUGUGCUUGCAUUGGAGACUUCAGAAAACUGGAGACCCUGAAGUAUCACAUAUUUGUUUUAAGUUAAUAAGUAUGGGCCRUAUGCUCAUCAAGUAUUGCGUUUCACUGAAGGAUCUCGAAUAGUACAGUGUGCAGGAAGCCCAAAGAACAUCUCUAUUUAUAAUUCAG